CAUUUUACUCGUCGGUUUCUUCUGCUGCCGCUCCAGUCUUGCUUGGGCUUCCUCCACGUCGUUAUCCGGAAGAGCAGCGAGGGGAAGGAAGCUGGGAGGGACGGACCGAGAUCCCUUCCAUCCUUUUACUCCUCCCCCUUUCCCGUCCCGCUCGUCGCCUUCUCCCUCCUCCCUCGCGCUGGGAUACGCGUCUAGAUUCAGUCAGCGCCCAUGAUCCAGCGGCUUUAACCACCGUUGCGCGGCUGCGCAGCUCAAGCUUCCUGCGCCCAAGAGCCUCCCGCGUGCUGCCGUCUCGCUGGUCCGGGCUUCCAGGUUGUUAGCAUGUGAGAAAGAUGGCGGCCGCUGAAGCAAGAGCUGCCUGGCAACGCGCUGCGAAUCGCUGCUUGGUUCAGGAGGAUGCAAAGAGAGCUCCGAAGCUGGCAUGCUGUCCGCAGUCCGCGCAACAGCAUGACACGAGUGGUGAAAACCCUACGAACCCGCAAGAUCCUCAUAGCCCUAACUUUAUGCCCAUAAACUGGAACCUGAUGAGCUCCAGCUUGCCGACAGACACCCAGUGGUGGCUCCAGUUGCAGCCCAACUUCGGGUGCCAGAUGGCUCUUGCUAGGGAGCACCUCAACUAUAUCAAUGGGGAGGCUGGAGAGAAGAAAAUGGAAGGUUCGGAGCCAUUGUUUAAACCAGAGGAUGUUGGAGCCAAGAAGGGUGUCGAUCCAUUUGAACCUCCAUGGAUUGUUUCAACGGCUUUUAUGAAGCAAACAUCUGAAACAGGUUUGGAAGAGCUGAAGACUCUUGCUGGCUAUUCUCCAACAAGUCUCAAGUGCAAAGGAAAUGCAAACAACUGUAUUUAUGAGGAUAAAGAGUUCACGGAGUUCAAAGCUUUCGAUCCUCUGUUUCCGAAGAAGCCGCAAAAGGAAUAUUGCGAGAUGGAUGCACCUUGGGAAGAUAACAAGAAGUCCCAGCCAUGGUGGCAAGUUGCUGAUGUUGAUGGUUUGGCGUCCCUUGUCGCUGAAAGAGCAAUGGAGAACAUUGUGAACAAUGAUCUGCCAAGACCGGCUAAGACAGCAUGGUUUCAUGGAGCUGAACUGAACAGCCCUGGAAACAAGGUUGAUUAUGAGCUGCCAUUGCCUUCUCGUAAAGAGCUAAAUCUUGCACAUGACACUAUGGCAUGCAGCUACAGUGUUUCAAGCACCACCAUCGAGACAAAUUCAUCUGAUGUGGGAGGCUGGGAACAGCAACGGAGAAAUAAUGUACCUGAGGGUGCACAGGAUUCUUAUAGUUCCACUAACAGUACUCCAGGCAGCAAGCCGACAUACCAGAAUGCCUCUGAGAGGGCGAAGUUGCUAGAUGCUCUUCGUCAUUCACAAACACGUGCUAGGGAAGCCGAGAUUGCUGCCAAGAAAGCCUAUGAUGAGAAAGAACACGUCAUUAAGCUGUUGUUUCGUCAGGCCUCACACCUCUUUGCGUGCAAGCAGUGGCUGAAAAUGCUGCAGCUGGAGAACAUUUGCCUCCAGCUCAGGUUCAAAGAUCACCAGAUAGCAGCCAUGUUCCCAGAACUUCCCUGGAUGAUGGUGAAGGAAAAGGUGGCACCAGGUCAAGAGCACAAAGAUGGGACAAGGAAGAGAGGCAGGAGGCCAAACAGGAGAGGUGGUCUCCGCAACACUGUUGCGUUCGCGGUUGGUGUUGGGAUUGUUGGUGCUGGAUUGCUUCUUGGCUGGACUCUCGGAUGGCUGCUGCCCAAGCUGUGAUGAGAUAAAUACCUUCUGUGCACAUGAAAAAUGUAUCAGUGAAGGAAGCAAGAGGGUGAAGUUAUUCUUAGAACGCAUUCAUGCUAGUCUGUUGGUUCAGUUAAGCCACGGUGAUGAUAGCUUGAUACCUUAUGCUGGUUGCUGUAUAUAUAGGAAGGGAUUUGGUGUACAUAUUGCCAGAAAACUGCGUACCUACGCUGGUUGCAUGGAUGGGGUGUUCAUCUGCAUGCUACACAUAGGGGUCAGUGGUGGUCUGGUGGAAGAUGAAAUCAGUCGACUUCAACAAUGUAUGCACUGGUAGUCUAGUACUGUAAAUCUGUAGCUUUUAUCUGCUUAAUCUAGCAGGAAUUAUUGUAUUUUAAAAUCAGCUUGCUGUAAAUUGUCUUGAACUUAUUUGCAUGCGUCUUCUUUUCACCUGGUGAA